AUGGCGGCCGCAUUCACACUCAACGAAGCAUCGCUUGAUAGAGAUUCUGUGACCAAGGCUCAAUUUGAAACUAUCGUGCGAAAGCUACUACAAGAAAUAUCAUACAAACCUCUCGUAAUGCAUCAAGAUGUAGAUAUGGAGAGUUUCGUUCUCGAACAAUUACUGGAUGUAGCGCGUGAUCAGCAUCUCGACCUACAGAAGCUCCCACAAAUUGCCAAACUCAGCGUGCAAACUGUACACCUGAUCUAUCCAUGGCACAAGAAGGAGCUGCUAAAGCUUAUAGCCAUAUAUACUGGUUACUUCUACGUCAUCGAGAUUACGUCCAGGAGCUCCUGUCCAAAUUGCGAGCAUUUCGUCGGAAUCUUCUGGCUGUAA